AUGUCUCGAUACACCGCCAGCUACGCUACGCCGAAGGGCCCUGGUGAUGCUCGCCCUACAGCCCUUCAGAUCAUCGAAGACGAAGGUCGUAUUGGCCAGCUCACAGGCAAAGUCGCCCUCGUCACCGGUGCCAACUCUGGUAUUGGUCUUGAAACAGCCCGCGCGCUCCACGCUGCCGGCGUGACCCUGUAUAUCACUGCGAGGGACACGGCCAAGGCUGAGAAAGCCAUCGAAGCCAUCAAGAAGGAUUCCAGCGCCAGCAGCGACGCACCCAUCAAGGCGAUCACCCUGCGCUUGGACUCUCUCAGCUCGGUGCGCAGCGCAGCCAAAGCUUUCCUUGACCAGAGCGACAAGCUCAACCUUCUUAUCCUCAAUGCCGGCAUCAUGUGCACUCCUGAUGAGAAGACCGAAGAUGGAUUCGAGCUGCAGUUCGGCACAAACUAUCUGGGCCACUUCCUGUUGUUCCAGCUGCUGAAGCCUGCCCUGCUUGCCGGGACCUCACCCGAUUUCCACUCCCGUGUCGUUUCCGUCUCCUCCAUUGCCCACAACGAUAGUGGCAUCCGCUUCGAGGAUAUCAACUUUGAGAAGACGCCGCACAACCCGUGGCUCGCGUAUGGACAGUCAAAGACGGCCAACAUCUACCUCGCUAAUGAGAUUGAACGUCGCUUCAGCUCCAAGGGGCUGCACGCUCUCUCUCUUCACCCCGGCGUCAUCUUCACCAAUCUGACCAACCACAUGGAUACGACAGAAUGGGUAGCCUCCAUGACCGACGAGGCCAAGGCCGAACUCAAGAGCGCACCUCAAGGAGCUGCCACAACAAUCUACGCCGCUGUCAGCAAGGAGUGGGAGGGUCGCGGCGGCAAGUAUCUGAACAACUGCGCCGUUGACCCGCUCAUUCCUUCUGGAAAGACCUGGCAGGAGGGCGCAAGUGGCCACGCGGCUUGGGCGUACGAUGUGGAGAGCGCAAAGAAGCUUUGGGACAUUGGAAACGAGAUGAUAGGUUUCAAGGAAGAGUAG